AUGGUGGAGAAAUCGGGGCUGACCGAGGUGCAACACCCCAAGCCGUAUCGUUUGCAAUGGCUGAAUGAGACCGGCGUCGUCGAGGUUACCACGCAAGUGACAGUGCCUAUUCGCCUUGGCAAGUAUGAAGAUGAGGUUUUGUGUGAUGUUAUUCCCAUGCAGGCGACCCACAUUUUGUUGGGUAGACCGUGGCAGGUCGAUAGACGAGCUAUUCAUGAUGAAGUCACCAAUAAGUACUCCUUCGCGUAUAAGCAAAAGAAGUUGGCAAUUGUUUCCCUUAGUCCUCAACAAAUUUAUGAGGAUCACUUGCAACUGCAGCAACGGCACAAGGAGGCGGAUAAAGUGAAGUCUACGGAGCAGCCGGUGGAGAAAAAGGAGAUGAAGGUUGCAGUGGAAGUUGUGGUGGCUAUCAAGGAUGAGGACUCACGUGAGGAAGUGCUUGAGAAGUCUACUUCAUCUAUUUUGGAAGCAAAGGCUUUGUCGCAAGCUAUGGGUAUUGAACAGGAGAAGCGAUGUGAUGAUGCAAAUAAGUUCGAGCUGACCUUGUUCACGCAAGAUCAACUGCAAUGGCAGACUCAUAUUGGCGACACCAAGCUGAUGAAGUUGGUGAAGGGUCCGUUCCACAUCGAUCAAUAUGAAAGGGAAAUCUUUGGUGAGGCAACGCCGAUGCUAACUACAUGGCUGUUCGGAAGAGAGAAGAGGCAUGGAGGUAUUUUCAACAACAAUUUCGGCAUGAUCCAAGUUCAAGAAAAUUCAGCGUUUGAGCCGACGCAUAUGGUUUUUGAUCCCGGCAAGAUGAUUGAUGGACAAGAGAGACCAGCUAGGGAGCUCAAGAAGGUGAAGUUGGCAGCAAUUGAGUUCUCCGAUUAUGCACUUGUUUGGUGGGAUCAGAUGGUGACGAGUAGGAGGAGAAACAGUGAGCCACCUAUUCAGACUUGGCAGGAGAUGAAGGCUGUGAUGAGGAAGCGUUUUGUGCCGAAUCAUUACUACCGCGAGCUUUUCAACAAGUUGCAGACUUUGAGGCAAGGCAGUCUUCGGAGUGUGGAUGAGUAUUAUAAGGAGAUGGAGGUUGCCAUGAUUCGAGCGAAUGUGGUGGAGGAGCGAGAGGCGACCAUGGCUAGAUUCUUGACUGGUUUGCAUUGGGAUAUUCGUGAUAAGGUGGAGUUGCAGCACUACGUUGAGUUGGAGGACAUGGUUCACAUGGCCAUCAAGAUCGAGAAUCAACUCAAGAGGAGGGGCAACAACAUUUCUAAUGGUUCCUCGUCAAAAGGGAAUCAAUGGAAAAAGGAGGCACCGCCGAGAGAGGAGAAGAAGUCGUUCGUUAGGUCCCGACCCGAGGGAUCCGGUGCAGCAAAUCAGGGCAGUCCGGCCAUUUCUGAUGGUCGAAAUCGAGAUAAGAAGUGCUUCAAGUGCCAAGGCUUCGGGCAUAUUAUGAGUGACUGCCCGAACAGGAGAAUUAUGAUCAUGAGAGAUGACGGCGAAGUCGUGACAGAUGAUGGUACCGAUGAUGAGGAGGAGUGUGAGGAGAUUUUCGCGCCCAAUGGACAGCUUUUUGUAGCUAGGAGAGCCUUGAGUGUCCAAACUCAACCCAAUGAGCGAGAGCAGCGGGAGAACCUCUUUCACACGAGAUGUCUUGUUCAAGACAAGGUAUGUAGUGUGAUCAUUGAUGGCGGGAGUUGCACGAAUGUGGCUAGUAGAGCCAUGGUUGAGAGAUUGGGGCUGACCACGGAGAAGCAUUCCAAGCCAUAUCGUUUGCAGUGGCUGAAUGAGACAGGCGUCAUCAAAGUGACGAAGCAAGUGAAGGUUCCAUUUCGCAUUGGGAAGUAUGAGGAUGAGGUUGUGUGUGAUGUGAUCCCUAUGCAAGCGAACCACAUCCUGUUGGGGCGACCGUGGCAGUUUGAUCGCCGUGAGUUUGAUGAUGUUUUUCCCGACGAUACACCUGCCGGUUUACCACCAAUUCGAGGGAUUGAGCAUCAGAUUGACUUUGUGCCCAGCGCUACACUGCCGAACCGACCAGCUUACCGAACCAAUCCGGAGGAGACAAAGGAGUUGGAGAGGCAAAUUGGCGAGUUAUUGGCCAAAGGGCAUGUGAGCGAGAGUUUGAGUCCUUGUGCGGUACCCGUUCUACUUGUACCAAAGAAGGACUCAUCUUUGAGGUUUGUUGUUAGUGCACAGGGUGUACAGGUUGAUGAGGAGAAGAUACGAGCUAUCCAAGAGUGGCCAACGCCGACGAACGUUGCAGCAGUUCGAAGCUUUCAUGGACUUGCUAGCUUCUAUAGGCGAUUCGUGCCUCAUUUUAGCAGUGUUGCUGCACCUUUGACGGAAGUCAUCAAGAAGAAUGUGGAGUUUAAGUGGGGCAAGGCGCAAGAGGAUGCGUUUCAGCAGUUGAAAUACAAAUUGACCCACGCCCCGGUAUUAUCUCUUCCUAAUUUUUCCAAAUCUUUUGAGAUUGAAUGUGAUGCUUCUGGUGUUGGUAUUGGUGCAGUGUUGAUGCAAGAGAGACGACCCAUUGCGUACUUCAGCGAGAAGCUAAACGGGGCGACGUUGAGUUAUCCCACGUAUGAUAAGGAGCUGUACGCAUUGGUGAGAGCUUUGCAAACGUGGCAGCACUACUUGUGGCCCAAUGAGUUCGUCAUUCACACGGAUCACGAGUCGUUGAAACACUUGAAGGGGCAGCACAAGUUGAACAAGCGGCAUGCGAGGUGGAUGGAGUUCAUUGAGACAUUUCCCUACGUCAUCAAAUACAAGCAAGGUAAAGAGAAUGUGGUGGCUGACGCACUUUCUCGGAGGCAUGAUGACUAUCUUUUUAGGAAGAAUAAGUUAUGUGUUCCUAAAUGUUCUUUACGUGAGUUGUUAUUGCUUGAAUCUCAUGGUGGGGGAUUGAUGGGACAUUUUGGUAUUGCUAAGACUUUAGCUGUUCUGCAUGAGCAUUUCUUUUGGCCUCAUAUGAAACGUGAUGUUGAGAGAAUUUGUGGUCGAUGUGUUACAUGUAAACAAGCUAAAUCUAGGGUGAGUUCCCAUGGAUUGUAUACACCUUUGCCUAUUCCUACAGCACCUUGGAUUGAUAUUUCUAUGGAUUUUGUGUUAGGUUUGCCUAGGACUAAGCGUGGUCGAGAUUCCAUCUUUGUGGUUGUUGAUCGAUUUUCAAAGAUGGCACAUUUUAUUCCAUGUCAUAAAUCUGAUGAUGCAUCUCAUGUAGCUGAUCUAUUCUUUAGAGAGAUUGUUAGAUUGCAUGGCAUGCCUAGGACUAUUGUUUCUGACAGGGAUUCGAAGUUCUUGAGUUACUUUUGGAAGACUUUGUGGUGUAAGUUGGGUACUAAACUUUUGUUUUCUACUACUUGUCAUCCACAAACUGAUGGUCAAACAGAGGUAGUGAAUAGGACUUUGUCUACUUUGCUUAGAGCUAUUAUCAAGAAGAACAUUAAGUCUUGGGAAGAUUGUUUGCCUCAUGUUGAGUUUGCUUAUAAUCGUUCUGUUCAUUCUGCUACUCAAUUUUCGCCAUUUGAGAUUGUGUAUGGAUUUAAUCCUUUGACUCCAUUGGAUUUAUCUCCAUUACCUUGGGUAUGGCUGCACAUGCGCAAGGAAAGGUUUCCAUUGCAGCGGAGAUCCAAGUUACUUCCUAGAGGCGACGGGCCAUUUCAAGUGUUGGAGCGCAUCAAUGACAAUGCCUACAAGUUGGACUUACCAGGUGAGUAUAAUGUGAGUGCUUCUUUUAAUGUGACUGAUUUGAGUCCUUUUGAUGUAGGUGAUGCUUUGGAUUUGAGGACAAAUCCUCUUCAAGAGGAGGGGAAUGAUGCAGCCCAAGGUUCGUUGGUGCAAGACCCGGUGCAUGUUCCUGUUGGUCCGGUUACAAGAGCACGAGCCAAGAAGUUCAAGGAGAGCUUGAUGAGCUUAGUU